UUUAGGGGGGCAAAAGUAGAACCUGAAUUUCUUUCAUACAAAAAGAAACUUUCUAAUGUACAUAACUCUCCAGAUAGUUUAAGAUUUUCAUGCUAUAUGAAUGUUCAGGAGUAACACCAUCCCAAUCUUUAUAUCCCGCCCCAUCCUGUCAUCCAUCAUCGCUAUAUCUUUAUAGACCAGCGGCUUAUCUCGUUUUCCUUUGGCUAGCAACCAAUAGAAAAGAAGCUUUAAAGCAAACAUUUAACCGCGAACGGGCAUUAUGGCCGCCAAACUCUUCCCCCAGAUAAGAAAAACGUACUUUAAGUCGCUCCGAAAUUGUUGAAACACAAAGUGGAACGCACUUUAAGGCGGCCAACCAACCAGAGAAGAACGUUUCGCACCGCAGCGCUAAGAUAAACAGUCGCAAAAACUUAUUUCGGGGUGGAGACUCGACUCAUUUCAAAAAAAUUGGUAAAAAGUUGGGACCCCAAAGUCCGACGAUAAAGAACCUUAACGGUAAAAGUAUCUAACAGAUGCGCCCAGCAGCGAGCUAAUAAGAGCAAACGGGUUCUAGUUGGACGAGUGACUUGCCUUCGUUGAGUGCAAAUCGCUCACAGAGAGGCAGAGGCAGAGACAGACAGAUAGAGAGAGAGUGGUUGGCAGUGGUGGUGGUGGUGGUGGUGGUGUUGGUGUUAGUGGUGGAGCUGCUGCUGAGAGUGGUGAGAGUGGUUGGUGGUGGCAAAUCAGCCAAACGCGUCGAAGGUCUUGCCCCACAGCCGUGUGCGACUGAGAGCGGCGAUUGCGCUCAACCGCAGGGAAUACAGCUGACCAUUGGAGCGAGCAGACCCGCACCAGUGCCCGUUUGAGUGGAGUGGCGAGAGAUUUGUGUGAUGUGUCGUUAGGUCGAAACGGUCGAGUCGAGUCGGGUCGGGUCGUGUACCUUUUGCCACGAAUGUUGUGCCAGUCAGGCUCUAAAAGGCCUUACGAGAACAGCUGAGAUUUCGCUGCUCCGCAUGACGCAAAGAUACUGAAAUUAAACUGAAAAAUUCCAAGUCUUUAAGUUAUCUGCUACAUCGUGUGUGCGCCGAGCGGGAAAUUCGAAAGCGAGCAAGAGCAAAAAAAAAUCAAAGUGUUUUAGUGAAAUACUGAGAUGCUAAUAGCAUAAAUAAAAUUAAUUUUUAUUAAAAAAAAAAAAAAAAGAAAAGCAACAAAGGAUAAAUAAUCAAGUAAAUAGAGCUUAGGACUCUACCGAAAGCAGUGCGCAGUACAAAGUGUAUUCCAGCAAUUAUCCCACGUGUUCCGACCCGGCCGCCAAAAUUAUUACGCACAAUUCGCUGAGCGUGUACGGCGGCGGCGUCAUGUGCGCCUCCCCGUCCACGGCUCCCGGCUUCUUCAACCCGCGCCCCCAGUCCGGCGCCGAGCUGUCCGCCUUCGACCUCGGCCUCUCCCGCUCGAUGGGGCUGGGCGUGGGCGUGGGCGUACCGCCGCACAGCGCCUGGCACGAGCCGCCCACCUCGCUGGGCGGCCACCUGCACGCCGCAUCCGCCGGACCGGGCACCACCACCGGCAGCGUGGCCACCGGCGGCGGCGGCACCACGCCCAGCAGCGUGGCCAGCCAGCAGUCGGCGGUGAUCAAGCAGGACCUCUCGGCCUGCCCCAGCCUCAACCAGGCCGGAUCGGGUGGCCACCAUCCGGGCAUCAAGGAGGACCUCUCCAGCCUGCCCAGCGCCAACGGCGGCUCCGCCGGCGGCCACCACUCCGGCUCGGGCUCCGGCUCCGGGUCGGGCGUUAACAACUCCGGCCACGGCUCCGACAUGCUGCCCCUGAUCAAGGGCCACGGCCAGGACAUGCUGAGCAGCAUCAAGGGACAGCCCGCCGGAUGCGGCAGCACCACGCCCAGUUCCCAGGCCAACAGCUCGCACUCGCAGAGCAGCAACAGCGGAUCGCAGAUCGACAGCAAGCAGAACAUCGAGUGCGUCGUGUGCGGCGACAAGAGCUCCGGCAAGCACUACGGACAGUUUACCUGCGAAGGCUGCAAAUCAUUCUUCAAACGCUCGGUGCGACGCAAUCUCACAUACUCGUGCCGCGGCAGCAGAAACUGCCCCAUAGAUCAGCAUCAUCGCAAUCAAUGUCAAUAUUGCCGAUUGAAGAAGUGCCUCAAAAUGGGCAUGCGACGCGAAGCUGUCCAACGUGGCCGCGUUCCACCCACUCAGCCCGGACUGGCCGGCAUGCACGGGCAGUACCAGAUCGCCAACGGCGACCCCAUGGGCAUCGCCGGCUUCAACGGGCACUCGUACCUCAGUUCCUACAUCUCGCUGCUGCUGCGGGCGGAGCCGUACCCCACCUCCCGCUACGGCCAGUGCAUGCAGCCCAACAACAUCAUGGGCAUCGACAACAUCUGCGAGCUGGCCGCCCGACUGCUCUUCUCGGCGGUCGAGUGGGCCAAGAACAUACCCUUCUUCCCGGAGCUGCAGGUGACCGACCAGGUGGCCCUGCUGCGGCUCGUCUGGUCGGAGCUGUUCGUGCUGAACGCCAGCCAGUGCUCCAUGCCGCUGCAUGUGGCGCCGCUGCUGGCCGCCGCCGGACUGCACGCCUCCCCGAUGGCCGCCGACCGCGUGGUGGCCUUCAUGGACCACAUCCGCAUCUUCCAGGAGCAGGUGGAGAAGCUGAAGGCCCUGCAUGUGGACUCCGCGGAGUACUCCUGCCUCAAGGCGAUCGUGCUCUUCACCACCGGUAAGUUGCUGGACAUCCUCUACAAGGAUGUGCCGGCGCUGCUCACCAAGGUAUCGGCCCUGAUCGGCAAGGGUUCCCGUUCCCCCUCCUCCACGUCCAAUGACGAUGUCCUGGCGGUGGUGCGUGAGCAUCUGGACGAGCUGAACCGCCUGGAGCUGGAGUCCCAAGCUCCGCAGCAGGCGCCGCUCCAUCUGGCCGCCUUCAUGAAGAGCGUGGCCGGCGUCGAGGCUGCAGUGCAGCAGGCGGAGCAGGCCCAGGUCCAGGUCCAGGCUCCUCCUCCUCCUCCUCCUGCCACAUCUGCCCCCGCCUCUGCUCCUCUGCUGCCCUCCGCCGGCAGCGCCUUCAGUAGCUGCCCGAUCAAGUCCGCCGGCUCCGAGAUGGACCUGCUGGCCAGCCUCUAUGCCCAGGCUCAGGCCACGCCCCCAAGCAGCGGCGUCGGUGGCGGCGGCGGGGACGCCUCCGGGCACAACAACAGCAGCGGGCUGGGCGCCUCGCUUCCUACUCAAUCGCAAAGCGGUUCGUCCUCCCGCAACCUAACCGCCUCGCCGCUGAGUACUUCGCUGGCAACCGCUCCCGCUCCUGUUCCCACCUCCACCUCCUCCGCCUCCUCCUCUUCCUCCACCGCCCACCACCCUGUGCCAGUGUCCUCCGCCUCAUCCGCCCCGCUGGGUGGUGGAGCCUAUCAGACGCCCUCGGCCGCGGCGGCGGCGGCAGCCAUGUUCCACUAUCAGACACCACCGCGCGCCGCCUUCGGUUCGGCCUUCGAUAUGUUCCACCACAGCACGCCCUUCGGGGUGGGCGUUGGCCACGCCCUCUCCCACUCGGGCGGCAACGGGAGCGCGUCCUUCGGCAGCCCCAGUUACAGGUACUCGCCGUAUAGCCUGGCCGGUAGUAGAUGGCAGUUGUAGGAUCUCACAGAAGUCGAACUGUGCUGUACUGUACCGUACUGUAUAUUUACACAUGUAUUUAUAGCGUUAGGAGAAGCGUAACUUACUUUAGUGCCUACUGCUAGUUUCUACCUAUUUAUUGCCUUACACUAAGCAUAAUUUAUUCUAGCCGUAAUCCCUUAGAAUCGUUUAGUGAACUUUGCCAAAAAAUUUGAUAAACAAAGAAUCGAUGAGGAAGGAGAGAAAAAGAAAUUUAAGAAUAUAUAUAUAAAGCUGUUGCUGUUAAACAAAAAUCUAAUCCUGGCUUGUGUUUUUACUCGUUAUUGCUUACUAAUGAUUUACAUCGCUUGUUGACUAAUUUGUAAUGUGUUAUUUAUUUGUUUAUUUUGGUUUACUAACAAACAUUAUAUUAACCAAUUGACUAACCCUGCUUUUUAGCCAUGAACAACUAAAAGCUUUAGCUUUAAAGUUUUCAUUUAUUUUUAAGUGAGAUCCUACCAGCAUUUGUUAAAUGAAAUUGUAUUGGAUUUGUCGUUAAACAAAAGAAAUAAGUAUACAAACUUUUAAAACUAUUUAGUUCUAUUGAUUAGAUUUGUAUUUUGAAUUGAACUUGAACCGUAAUGUAACAUAAUGAUGAAUUUGAUUUUGUUUCUCUAAAGAAAUUUCAUCGAUUUCAUCAUUGUUAAAUCGUCCUUAAUUUCAAGAACAUUCUUAAACCUAUGACGAAUUAGUUUUCAUAGCUCUAAACUAACAUGAUAUGAAAACCAUUUUAUUAUUCGAUCGCAUUUAAAAAUUAAAUAACUAGUUUCUUGAAACUUCUUUACCUAAAAGGUCACUAUUCUAGGUCAAUUAGUUUCAAAUCAUUUACAAAAAAAUGUCUUGUAGCUUUUAUAAUUGCUCUUAAAAUUAUCAAAAUCCAAUAAUCAAAUGCCUUAGAUUCCUAAAAUGAUGAACAAGUUCUGAUUAAGUAUUUAAGGCACAAUCCUAACCCAAGGUAAUGGCAUCUUUUUUAUUUUUCAGCUCAUGGGAAAAUAUUUAAUUUUGUUGAAUUUAUUUCUUCAUAAUUUCAGCAAAAUUAACGGUUUUCAGUUUCUUAAAAUACUCAUUUAUUUAACACUAAUCUUUUCACAUUUUUAUUUCAUUUUUUAACAAAAGCUAUUCACACAAAAACAAACAAAAUUUAAUCUCAUCCGCACGUGGCAACAAAACGCUGGACUUUGGGAUUACACACACACUGAAACACAUGCACGUCUAAAACAUGCACACGCACACAAAUAAGUCACAGCAGUUUAUAUGCGAAUAAUUUAAAUAUUUUUAAAACCUUAUAACAUACCUAUUUUAAGACAAUUCGGUUCCACGCGAAAUAAAUCAUUGAAGCUUUGUAUGCAAAUAGAGUGAACCGAGGUUUUCUUUGACUUUAGCCUAAGCUAAGUUUGCGAUUAAGUGUUAGUUAGCGCAUUUAAGUUCGGUUAGCGUAGGCUAGGGGAAAAGCAGUAUUUUUGAUUUAGUAACUUCCCCCUUUUCCCGUAUCGUGUCAACCAGCUGUCCAAUUCCACGUCGCAAUUGUUUUUCCGCUGAUCAGAGCUCAGCUCGGCUCUCAGAUAUCCCAUUCCCCCCGCCUGCUCUCCGUGGCGACGUUUAUUGACGUCGAGAUACCACAUUAUGAACAUUAAUACAACACUCGUUUAUGUCGCUUACUUACAAGCCCGACUCCAGUCGACCAAUGCACCAAUGCACCAAUGGACCAAUGGACCAAGUCCAGGCCUUGGCCAAACUUGCAAUGAAAAUAAUUUUACCAUUUCCAAAACGCUGUGUGUGUCGCUUGGCUAAGCUACACCGAGAAAAUAGAGGUGUGUUUCUAUAAA